AAUAUAAUUGUCGUCCACCAUUUUUUCGUAGUAUACUUUUCGCAGUCAGUAUCAAAUUCAAACCUUCGAAGGUAGAUCCAGAAUUUUCAAACCCUGCUCCGAAAAAGUUAGAUCUUGUCCAACAAAAGUCGGACCAUUAUUCAAGGUUUUUGGGCAUUACUCAAACCGGUGACAACUUGCGCCGAGCCGUCCUAUCGUCUUCGUUCUCCUCCAUCACGCACUGGCCGCCGAUCCACCGCGUCGCUGAGUUGAUCGCUUCAACUACUUCGCCUCUCUGUUGUCCUAGUGAUCCUUCACUUCUGCGCUACAAUAUUCCAAAGUUGGAAGCCCGUGGCGCAGAAAUGAGGGACAAAAGAAGCACGAAACUGCUGCAGCCAGUGGGCAUUUCAAUUUUCUCCCAUCUGAGGAAAGUUGACGCGGCCCCUCUUUUCUCCUACGUUCCUGCAUUACAAAUCAUGCAGAAACGAAGGACAAAGGAAACGCGAUCGGAAUAAAAGUUGCAUUCAGGCCACCGGACCUUCGGGUUAAGAAAAUGAAAAACCGCCCCGGAAAUUCAAAUAAACUUUUUGAAUAUCCGGCCGGGCUUUUCUCCAUGGACUGCGUCGAGGAGAAUCCUUCGCGAGGAAGUCUCUGGACAGAAAGCCGCGUGGAAAUUCCAAAUGUUUUUUGAAUUUUCAAGCGGGCUUUUCUCAUCCCGACCGCUCGCGAGCAAUUUUUUGGGCAUGGCCCUGCUCCUCCUGACUGAAGAUUUUACUCAGGCCAUCGGACCUGAGUAAAAGUUUUAUUUAGGCCGCCGGACCUGAGUAAAAUCUUUAUUCAGGUCACAGCUUUUUCGUUCUUCCACGAGCGGGGGCCGGAACUUUCGAAGGACAAAGGAAGCGCUUUCCUUUGUCCUUCGUUGCAGCUUAUACAAAUUGCCACCAUGAUUGGCAAUGUGCGACGCAGAAAUGAGGGGCAAGCAAACCGCUAACGAAGCGGCCCCUUAAACUUUCCUACCUCCGAUGAAGGAAAAGCCGAAGUGGCCACCUCAACAACUUUGGCGUUCUGUGGUCCUUCUCCUUCAUUUAUGCAUGACAAGUUUCCAAGUUUGGAAAUUUGUCACGCAGAAGGACGAAAGAGGUGCGAAGGCUGCUGAAGCGGCUCCUUCCACUUUCCUGCAGAAAGGAGCGCUGAGGUAGCCGCUUCGACUUUCCUUCGAUGAAGGAAAAUCGAAGUAGUGGCCACUUCAACUUUCCUUCGAUGAGGGAAGUAGCCAUUUCAAAUUCAGGCUCAGCAAUUUGAUGCAUUUUGCAUGACAAAUUCUCCAACGUGGAAACUUGUCAUGCAAUUUGAUGCGUUUUACAUGACACAGCUUUCGCUCAGACGCGAAAACUGCAUGACAGUUUUGUUGAAAGCUGCACGAUCAACAAUUUUCGUUGUGCAAAUUACUGAAAUGGUGAUUUGCACAACGCAAAUUGUUGAAGUGGCCACUUUAACAAUUCGCGUCGUGCAGCAAAUUGUUGAAGUAACCACUUCAGCAAUUUGCGUUGUGCAAAUUGUUGAAGUGGGCACUCCAACAAUUUGCGUUGUUGUCCAGCUUCAGUUUGCAACGUGUCACGCAGCGGCUAUUGAGAUGGGUAUUGCAGCACUCUGGUGGAAAGUUGAAGCACUAAGAGCCAUUUCAAUAACAAGCGCGUGACAAAUUGCAAAUUGAACAACAAGACAGAUUCGGGCUGAAGUGAGACAGCGAGCACACCCCGCCGUCGCUUUUUUCCUCUCUCACAAAAAUUCUGCACGCCCCUACCAGUUGGGUGAGGAAAAACAAAACAAACGCGCGGCGCGCAGCGCCGCGCCAAGCCAAAAAUUUUGGGUGGCUGAGGAAGGCCUGGCCUUCUUUUUUAAGAAGUGCACGACGCGCGCGCCUUCGAAGGUAGAUCCAGAAUUUUCAAACCCUGCUCCGACAUGGCCUCACGAAGCGACUGCAGUCCGGCGUUUGAAGUUGGUCCGAAAAAUCCAAUCCGCCGUUUGAAGUUGGUCCGAAAAAUCCAAUCCGCCGUUUGAAGUUGGUCCGAAAAAUCCAAUCCGGCGUUUGAAGUUGGCCGGACAAACCUCAAUCCACGACCUCAACCAAAUUCAGUCCAAAAAAGUCUUGACCUGGAUUCUAAGAUGGCAGAUUUUUUUGGACUGUUUUCGGAUUGACCUGGAUUGCAGCCGGAUUGUCUGUCGGACUGAAUUGGGUUGCCUGCCUUCGCAAUGCUGGUCGUCGGCUGCUAGAAAGAGCAACCAUCGCCACCUGCUCUCGCCCGGCGCUCCAAUGGCAGCCACCAAGCGCCGGCUCUUGCGCCUUUGCAGGGGCGGAGGGUCGCAGAAUUAGGCUUCUCCAACUGCGCUUUCCGCUUGCAGCAGCAGCAACAGCAUUAAGACCAAGCACAGAAGCCAGGGAGGGCUGGCUUGGACGUUCGCAAGGCACUACUUGCCGCCCCUCCCUCGGUGGUCCGCCUCACGCCAAAAGCUGGCGCGCGUUUAUAUGGCACAGAAGAAAGGGCUGUGCUGUGCCUUGACUGUGCUGUCGCUCACUAGCCCACCCUGGACGGAGCGGCGCUCGCCCUCCUGGCUAAGCAUCGCGAAAAUGAACCAGAUCAACAAUGCGGACCCCAUCACUUUUCUGCUUCCUUGUAGCUAGCCUUGCCCUAUUUGGCGCCAGGGCGCGUCUAUAUAUGGCCCAAGUCGUCAACACACAACUACGGCGGGCCACAUGCCAAGCUGGAGACAGAUUUGCAACGCGCGCGCGGGUUGUCGUCUUUCCUUUUUUCGAAUAAGAGCAUCGCGCGCCCUCCCAAGAAGCAGGCACCUGUAUGGCAAGAGUGCGCUCCUCCCCUGUUGAACCAAAUGAAGCUAAAAGCACUGCUCUGCCAGCUUGCGAACCACUUCUCCCCGGAAGAAAGGGGCUAGUUCUUCAAUUUUCAAAAUGUUUGAAAUCAAUUUGAAGUUGUUUUGAAUUCAUUUUUAGACCGGGCUCGUUUGCGUUAAGUAGAUCCAGAAUUGUCAAACCCUGCUCCGAAAAAGUUAAAACCACCAGAAAAACUGAAUCAUGACGACCAUGGACGAGAAUAGUACGGCCGAGAAGACGGCUGUUGUAGCUUCCCCCCUUCCUGCUGCUUCAACAGUGGGAGAGGCGAGAAAGACUUGCACAACUGCAGAUGUUGUGGAAACAGUUGUGAACAAGACGAACGACCCAGCUUCUGCUGUACCCAGCGCUACGCCUGCAUCCAGUACAACUUCUUCUGCUAGUACAACUGCAGUCGCAGCAGCAACGACGACGACUUCAACACCAACGACCGCCUCCAAGGCCGUUGUGCAGCUGAACAAAGACAAAGAGCCAAAAAUCGUGGAACGGCAGCAAGUGGAGCUGCUUUCCGCGGUGCCGGAGAAUAAAGAGGACAAUUUAACCUACAACUUCGCGGAUAUGACCGCUUUCGACAUUACUCCAAUUAAAAUCGAUGAGUCAAAAUUGAACAAUUUGUCGGCGAAGAACAAGGCCUUGGUCACCGCGACGCGGGACAACGUGCAAUUGUUGGUGAAUAAACUCUUCAGUUUACCGCAGGAGUUAUGCAAGAAGAAAACUGUGUAGGUGUACUAAGUCUGUGAUGCAGGAAAUGCCAAAGAACUGUUAUACACUUGUCAUGCUAGAGGUGCGUGGUCACAGGCCACUUUCAUAGGUGUUUCCACUGAUACUAGCUGCGCAUGACAGGUUUAUUUCCCUGUGAUGCAAAACGCAUUUGUGAUGCUGAUCUUCCUACAAACUUACACUUACACAGUUUUUUUGCUGGAUAGGAGUCCGCGGAAACGGGCACCGUCGCGGUGUUACGGGGCCACUUCGACAGUCCGGCGGAGGUUUAUCGGCUGCCCAGACAGAAGCCCUGCCCGAAACAGAAGGAAAAAACCAGAUGGGAGGUAUAGAGCUUCAUCUUAUACCAGAUAGAUGAAAUAAUUUUAAUUCAAAUUUAGUUUAUACGCAUGCUAAUUGCAGCAUACUAGCCAUAGCUCUUGUAUCCCUCCUGCGUGUUUCGUCAGAUGUGAACUACAGCUUGGCAGCAGCAUUCGUAAGUUCCUUCGGUUUAUAGUACUCGGAGUCAAAAAGAAAAAAUUUCAACCUCAGAAAUUCGCCGAGGCUCGUGGUAUCGAGAAGAAGAAGCGCAGCAAAAUGGUGUGGGACGAAACGGUCGGCGGCUGGUCCCGGCGGUACGGCUACAAAUCUGUGAAGCAGAACGCGGAGAAUGCGGAGUGGGCCAUUGAGGUUAAAGAGGACGGGAAAACCGACCCGAUGGAGGACCCGUUUAAGAAGCGGAAAACGGAAAAAAAGCUGAACAUGGCAAAACAGAAACUACGGGAGAUGCGGAACAAAGUGGAACAGGCCGGCUUCAAACUCGCACCGGUUUCUCUGGAGAAAACAGGUAUAAAAAGACAAAUACUAAUACUCAACUUUGUUGUACUACUUGAUCUUGAUGUCCUAUGCAAUGUUUGCUGCUGGUAUAGCCUCAUCUGUCAUGCGGUCGUUGCGGAAGAUCUGCAAAUACAAAUAGAAAGAACAAUACCCAAAAAUUGAAACGUAAAAAAAUUUGUCGAAAAUACCAAUUCAAAGGCGAGAACGUGGGCACGAACAGUAACCGGGGUAAAGACGGUCUGAAAGAGGCCCUUAAACGCGCCCAGACCUCCUCCGGCUCCCGAGGGAAGUUCGACCGACUGGCGAAGAAGGAAGAAGUGGUGAAGAAGCGGGGCGGGAUAUGAGAGUGCACAACCCCCCCUCCCCCUCAUUUGUGCUGCAUGAGCAGCAAUAGAAACAUCAGCGCACAUGGAGCCUGCGCAUGACAAGUUCAUGCGUGUAGUGUCUUACUGUUUCGGCUUCCAUAAUCUGUCAUGCAAACGGUGCCACAAGGCAGCACUUGGAUAUGGGACUUUACAUCACAAAUGAGGGGGAGGGGGAGUUGUGCACUGUCAUACGGGAAGAAGAAACUCGUUGCGGGGGGUUCCAACAGCGGGGCGAAGGUUAUGGCGUUCUCAAACGUCACAUUCUCAACUGUUACAUGAAUUUGUGAUGCAAGAAUCGCAAAAGUGAAAGGAAGGAGCUUGCGCGUCUUGCAUGACAGAUUUGGCGCAGAUUCUCAGCCUGUUUGGCCGUCUGAGAAUUUGUCAUGCGAAGCAGCUUGAUGGCGUUGAUAGUCAAGGUAAUUUUGCAUAACAAAUCAUGUAACAGCUGAGAUUGUAACAGUUGAGAGCGCCAUAAAGGUGGAGAAAAACGAGACUUCGGCGGUUUUGAAGACGUUCGACAAGGUGCAAAACGGGGGGUUUAGUUCCAAGGUGAACAGCAAAACGGGGCAGUUUCAGGCGGCCAGCGAGAAGAAAGCGAAGAAGGGCGUCGUGAAGAAAACGUCGAAAAGAGGGGGUGGAAAGGGCGGAAAGGGAAGGGGGAAAAAGUGAAUACAGGCUGCGUAUUGAGUUGUGGUUGGGAUUUUCUACGUUGUUUUCCACCUCCUGCUCCGGAGAUGAACUCUAAAUCCUGACACAUAGAACCACGACCACCUCUAUCUGACGAUUAUACGCUUCGCGCAUAAAUGUUUUUCCAACGGAAACACAUGUUGACAAAACCGCAGAAACAGGCUGGAUUUAUUUCAUAUGACAUUGCAAUAGAACGAAUAAGUUGUACUAAAUGAGGUGGC